UUUUUCUUUUUGAACCUGGGUCAGUUCCAACCCGAACUCUGAAUAAAGAAACGUUUUCAGGUUUGCGAUUAAUCACUGCAAUGGUGUGCGUGAGUUUGAGGUCUGGUUUGACGGGUUUGACAGUUUGACUAGCUUGUUGCGUUCUGUUGCGUUUGUUGUUCGCGUCUGAUCCGCUGCGGUUCUUUUUUCAAAGGAGAAAAUAUUAAAAUAAAACAUAAAAUGGAAACGAAAUCGGUAAAUCUGGCGGAAUAUGUGCCGGCCGUGGAUGAUACCGGCAUGAUCCUGCGAGAAGGCGAAUACCUGUUCCUGAAAAAUAUUUCAAAUGGUGAAAUUGUUCAGGCCAGGUUUGAUGAUGUUGCAAAAUCGUACGGAUUGGAGGAGGGAAAUCCAAGUCCUGCUACAUCGCAGCUGUGCAAAACAGUAGUAACUUGGUCAGAAGACCAAACUCGUCUACUGUUAUCUCUCUAUCGGGACAAGAUGGAGGAAAUUGGGCCCUUGAAGCGGUAUAGAAACAAAAAAGAAAUGUGGGAGAGUAUUUCGAAGGAAAUUGCUGAGCAGCUUGGCGUCUCCUUCACUGCGUCUCAAGUUGAGAAUCGAUUCAAAAAUGUUGCGAAGAAAAACAAGGAUUGCAUAAAAAACAACCGAACAUCGGGAAGCUCAAUUAUUCAGACACCGUUUGAUAAAGAGAUGUCCCAAAUUGCGGCGCUGGACGACUCCAUUGAGCCGGAAAUCAUAUUGACACCAACCUUUAUAAGAAGAAAAACAUGCACUAACGUAGCUCCGGAAGCCAAAAAGCGGAAGAAAGAAUCAGGUUCAGAUACGCCAACCGAAAACGAAGAUCCGGCAACACCAUCAACGUCCUACGCAAAAAGAGAAAAGGACCUAAAUGCUCAACUCCUUGAAGAAUAUAAAGCAGAAUGUACUCGGAAAGCCGAGAGGGAAAGGCAGAAAAUGGAACGGCAUAAGGAAAAAAUGGAAAAGCUCGACCAAUUGACCCACAUCUUGACGGAAUUAUCAAAGAAAAUUUAGUUAAGUUUCUUUUAACACUUCCUAAAACAGAAUUUCGAAAACUUGUAGAGCACGUUUUAAUCUGUUGUUUUGUUUUUUAAUUUUUAAAUCAAUAAACACAAUUCAUUGAAUAUUUACUACAUGGUUUGAUUUAAUAUCUAUACACGAAAGAAAAAAUAGACCUUUCCCUGAAGGAAUUCCGGAGAGAAUCCCUGGAGAAAUUACCGAAGGGAUCCCUUGAAGAAUUCCCGAAAGAUUCCUUAGAGAAAUCCUUAAAAGUAUUCCUGGAGGAAUGCCCGAAAGAAUCGCUGGAGGAAUGACAGAAGGAAUCACUGUGGGAAUCCCUGGAAAAAAUUCCUGAAGGAAUUGAGAAUUCCUUUUGGGGUUUCUUCGAGAAUUUCUCCAGCGGUUUCUUCGGGAAUUCCUCCAGUGAUUCUUUCGGGCAUUUCUCCAGGAAUACUUUUAGGGAUUUCUCUAGGGAAUCGUGGGGAAUCCUUGGAGGAAUUCCGGAGACAAUCCCUGGAAGAAUUCCCGAAGGAAUCCU